AUGUUCCGUGGAUGUCGCGUACUGCACUCAAACGGCGCCGGCGCCACCAUAGGACGUAGUACUAGGUUGAAUCGUGGUUUCAAGGCCACAGCAAUCUGUGGGCUGGCACAGGAAGUCUCCGACGGAACUUAUGCACCAUUACAGGAGAGACUAGCUCAGAUAGACACAGAGCGGCCUUUCUCUCCUUUCCUGGUAGACACGUUUCAGAGAAGGCACAAUUACCUGCGGAUCUCGUUGACAGAGAGAUGCAAUCUACGAUGCUUCUAUUGCAUGCCAAGCGAAGGCGUCGAACUAUCUCCCAGAGACCACAUCCUCACAGACGACGAAGUUAUCCGGCUUGCUAAGCUGUUCGUGCGAAGCGGGGUUACAAAGAUUCGGUUGACCGGGGGCGAACCAACCGUGAGGAAGGGUCUCGGCGACAUCGUUGCCCGAUUAAAUGGACUUCGGCAACUCGGGCUUGAAUCCGUGGGCAUGACCAGCAAUGGCAUAGCCUUAGAACGCCGGUUGCCGUUGCUCGUCGAGAAUGGGCUUACACAUCUCAACUUAAGCCUGGACACCCUUGACCCUUUCAAGUUUGAGAUAAUGACCCGGCGACGAGGUCACGAAGCCGUACUUCGCUGUCUAGAUGCCGCACUAGCAUCAGGCUUGCAGUCUGUGAAGCUCAACAUCGUGGUUGUUCAAGGGCUGAACGACCACGAGGUACUGGAUUUCCUGGAGCUCACCAGGAAUAAGGAACUUUCGGUCCGGUUCAUCGAAUUCAUGCCUUUCACAGGUAACAAGUGGGAUAAAUGUAAGAUGGUCCCGUCAACCCAACUAUUGACCCGCAUCCGGCAACGGCAUCCGAAUAUCGCCAAAGCUCCCGACGAGCUCAACGAUACGGCACGGUCCUACAUCAUCCCUGGAUACCAGGGUAGUUUUGGUUUCAUCAGCAGCAUGUCAGAUCACUUCUGUAGUUCAUGCAACCGCCUGAGACUCACUGCGGAUGGUCAGAUCAAGGUUUGCCUGUUCGACGCCAAAGAGAUAUCGUUGCGCGAUCGCAUGCGAGCAGGUGCUACAGAUGAAGAACUACUGCAGACCAUAGGCUUCGCUGUUCAGGGCAAGAAAGCGAAGCAUGCAGGAAUGGAAGAUAUCGAUGUUGUUACAAAUAGGCCUAUGAUUCUCAUCGGAGCAAGCGUCAACGUCGCUGUGACUCCUUCCCGGCGGGGCGCAUCUCGAUCACCGAUGCGCCGGCCAACUCUAUUCCACGCAAGACCGGUUUUGCUGAGACCGCCCUCUCUGGCCGCCCAUUCAUUCAGUACCAAAGGCCCCUCCGCAUCGGAUGCCGGCAACCCUAACUCGCGACUCACACACCUGGAUGAUUCCGGCAGAGCGUCCAUGGUCGAUAUCUCCAACAAAGAACCCACGAAACGCCGCGCAGUGGCGACAGGUCGGAUCUACAUCCCAGCAAUAGCUUACGAAUUGGUGACGACGACCUACGCCGCGGCGGACCCAGGGGAGCCUAUCCCCGCGGAACAGCUAACGCCGCUCGAGAAGGCGAAAGCUAAAGCCCGAUCGAAAGGCGAUGUCCUGACGGUAGCCAAAUUGGCCGCCAUCAUGGCGUGCAAGCGAACUUCCGAUCUAAUACCCCUCUGCCACCCAUUGCAGCUCACUCAUAUCGCAGUGACCUUGCAGCCAGAAGUGCAUCGAUCAGCUUCUGGAUCCUCGGCGUCGGAAGCACCGCAGUACCCCGCGGCUGUCUCAGAUUCCGAUGUCGGAACCACAUGUCAGGAACGCGGGGUAGAUCGGACUAGGUUCAGUAUCCAGUGUCGUGCGGACGUUACUUGCGAGGGGAAGACCGGGGUGGAGAUGGAGGCUUUGACGGCGGUGUCGAUCGGCCUUCUGACCGUUUGGGACAUGUUGAAGGCAGUCGCCGGGCAGGAGAUGACUAUUGGAGAUGUAGUCGUGUCCAGAAAAGAGGGUGGUAAAAGCGGCGAUUUCCAGAGGGUUCAGUCACGGUAG